AUGCCUGCACGUAUUCAUCAUAUUUUAUUUGAAAAAAAAUUCGAUGAUAUUUCAACUCAACAUCGUGCUACUACAGAUAAUGUUAUAGUAACCGAUGUUGAGCGACGUGGGGCAUUUGUAAGUGAAAUAAAUACAAUUUUAUUUAAAAAAUCGAGGAAAAAAAAACAUUUAUUACCACCAGUCAUACUUCAACUGAUGCGUCUUCGAUUUCCAACUGAUCUUGACAAAGAUAAACCUCUCGAAGGCGCAGUUGACGUGUCCAUUGAUGAUUUUGUUCAAUGGACAAGGAAUGUGACGUAA